GUACCCAGUCGAAAGGGGUGAAUAACAACCAACACUGCGUUCGGGUGGUUCUCAAUAAAGCUCCCAACUACAUCUGCAUCCAACCCACUGGCAAAGGUCAAAACUUGCACACACACAACCUUACUAUCUCGCAUCCACCCAGCUUUUACCCAAUCCAGCCACAUCUCAUUUCAUAUACUCUUUUAAGCUUCACAAGCUCCUCCCAAGACACCGCAACCAAGCCCAAGCCGCGCCCUUUGGAGUCAAGUCAAUCCACCCUGGGACGAAUGCUCCAGGGUUUCCCUGCUCUGGUCGGCGAGUGAACAUCCCAGGAGAGAGGGACCUCGCAUAAGCCCGUUACUGCUACCCGUAGAGCAAUGGGAUUGCCUCCUUAAUCUCGACUGCAAGCUGCGAAACUCUAUUUGGGUUGCUUUCCGUUUGUGACUUUUUACCCGUUUUGGAAGAGGGCCAAAAGCCGACGACCAGAACUGGCAGCAUAUAAGUUCACGACUCCACGACGUCCCCGUUUCGCAAGGUCCUCUUCUCUUCACAACUUUCUUACGAACUCAACUUGUUUCGUACCUUCUCUUUUCUCUUUUCUGUUAUUGUUUGUUGUUUCUUUUCUUCUUUUGUUUUAGUUCCUUUCUAUUCCCUUCGGUCACUCUCUCAAGACGAGGCAACGGUACAUACGGAGCGAGACGAUGAAGUCACCCACGGCGUGGCCCCUUCUGACGGCGGCGGCCGCCCUAUUUCACGGUCUCUCGGUUUCGGCCCUGAGCGCCGCGGAGUGGCGGUCCCAGACCAUCUACCAGGUCAUGACGGACCGAUUUGCGCGGACGGACGGGUCAACGACGGCGCCUUGCAGCACCGCCGAGGCUACCUACUGCGGUGGAACGUGGAAGGGCAUCGUCCAGAAGCUCGACUACAUCCAGGGUCUUGGUGCAACGGCCGUGUGGAUUUCCCCAUUUGUCAAGAACAUCAUGGGAAAUUCCCGCGACGGUGAUUCGUACCACGGCUACUGGGCCCAGGACAUAUGGGAACUCAAUCCACUCUUUGGCACUGCCGAGGACCUCGUUGCCCUUGCCGACGCCCUGCACGCCCGUGGCAUGUACCUCAUGGCCGAUGUAGUCACAAACCACAUGGCUUGGCACGGGUCUAGGGACUCGGUCGACUACUCCAUCUACCGCCCCUUCUCCAAUGCCUCACUCUACCACCGUCCCCCGUGUGUUAUCGACUACGCAAUCCAGGAAUCGGUCGAAAAGUGCUGGCAGGGUAGCAACGACGUCGCACUACCGGACCUGCGCACCGAAGACCCGCGCGUGCGGCAGGUCUUCAACGCGUGGAUCAAGCGGGUCGUACGCAAGUACAAGUUCGACGGUCUGCGUCUCGACAGCGCCAAGCACGUCGAGAAGGAAUUCUGGCCGCCCUUUGAGGCCUCGGCGGGGGUGUUCGCGAUGGGCGAGGUCCUCCAUGGCGACCCGGUCUAUGUCGUCCCCUACCAGGACGUCAUGAGCGGCCUCCUGAACUAUCCGGUCUACUACUGGGUCACCCAAGCCUUCCAAUCGACGCAGGGGAGCAUAUGGAACCUCUCCAACGGCAUUAAGCAGCUCGUUGAGGCCGCCCGCGACUUGACGCUCUACGGCGGCUUCCUCGAGAAUCACGACCAACCGCGCUUCCUGAGUCACACCGGCGAUCGCACCCUUCUCAAGAACGCGCUGACUUUCACCCUGCUCAUGGACGGCAUCCCCAUCAUCUACCAGGGUCUGGAGCAGGGAUACACCGGCGCCGAUGUCCCCCACAACCGCGAGGCCCUGUGGCUGUCUGGCUACGACACGCAGUCGGAGCUGUAUCGAUGGGUGUCUAAGUUCGUGGCGCUGCGGUCCAAGAUGGCGGCGCUCGACGGCGGUUACCUCUACUACAAGUCGCUGCCGGUCUUCACCGACCCUCACGUCAUCGCAAUGCGCAAAGGGUUCGACGACAACCAGGUCGUGAGCGUCUACUCCAACGUCGGGAGCAACCGCACAUUCAGCGUGCAACUCAGUCGUGACCAAACUGGGUUCCAACCGUGCAAGUUGAUCCUCGAGGUCGUCAAGUGUCGUCCGUACGUGACGGAUGGAAGCGGCACGCUUAAGGCGGAGAGUGGAAGCGGGGAGCCGCUCGUUUUUGUUCCGGCCGAGAGGGUAAUGGGGACCGGUAUCUGCACCGGCGGCAUAGGCAAGCCUCCUCCCCCUCCCCCUCCCUCCUCUGCCCGUCGCAAGCCCUCUCCUACCACGAGUGCUGUCCAAUAUUCCACAACCCGCCUCGCUUUUGAGAGUACCGAUUUUAACGUAGAUUUUAUAGGACGAUUUAAUAACAUCACUUCGUCACCUUGCCUGAAAGUCCCUGCAGUAACCGUGCGUGUCAACGUGUCCACAGUUUUGGAGAACAAACAGGGAACGACGUACUAGCAAUGCGAGAACAAGAACAACUAACAACAACCGACAACAACCAACAUCAGACAACUGCAACUAUUGCGACUUUUUCUUUUCGGCAUCUUCAUUUGCUUGGAGCAUUCUGGUGCCCGGAUGUUUCCAACCCUCCUCGUCUUUGUUUCGGCAAUGGACUUAUUCUGUAAUCGAGUGUGACUGGUUGAAAACUCGAGGUGAGGGGGUUCUCUUCUUUGCUCUGAGAGGUGGGUGUGUCUGAAAUGUCGAGGCGCAACAUCAUAUACCCUCGCACACCCACCUUGGAGCGUACAUAUUUUAUCACUACGGGUUGAACAUGGGAAGACCGCACAUGUGGGAGCUACGCUUGUAGCAUUGAUUCACUCUGCAACUGCCAGUGUUUCCUUUGAAUGAAUAAAAAUAAAAUCGAUGCAUUCUCCAAACACCCCUGCCCUAUUAUGCGAUCCAAAGUAACCCGUGUGUACAUA